CUUUUAUCCCCCAGUCGAUGAGCCUUCCAUUGGUGCUGAAAAGCUGGAUUUAUCUGAGCAUCGUGAAAGGAAAAAAAUAUUCAGCGGGAAAACUUUUGUAUUUCUAACUGCCAAGCAGCACAAGAAGCUGGGUCCAGCAGUUAUUCUUGGAGGAGGGGAAGCAAAAUUGAUGACGGAAGGAAAGAAGGAAGUAUCUUUAUUAGUUUCACCUGAAGUUUGUGUUGUUGAUGUGGGGUUGACAAACACUCAAAUCCCAGGAUCUGACUCCGUGAAAAACUGGACUGAUUCUGUUCUGACUGUCUUGCAGAGCAAGGAUCUCAGGGCUAUUCCUGAGGCAGAAAUUGGAUUGGCAGUUAUCUUCAUGUCUACAGAAAAGUACUGCAACCCUCAAAAGCAGCCUGGUAACAAAGCUGUAACUAAAGGCGCGCCUGCAUCAGCUGCUGCAGGGCAAGCCAUUUCUCAGAGUUUGGCUGUGGAUGAAACCUUAAUGCCAGCUGCUGCCGAUACCAGUGCAGCAUAUGUAACUGAUACAGAAAUAGAAGAGCAGACAUGUAUGGAAAUUGAGGAUACUCCCCAGGUGGACAGACAAGAGAAAAUAGCUGUGAAGAAAAACGCUAGCACAAGUGGCAGAGUAACUGCGGGAACAUUGGUACCUCAAGUGAGCAGAACAUCUGGGUUUAGUCAAAAAAGCCACCCUAUCUCACCGUCUAAAAUUUCAGAAGCUGGUAAACCACCUGAGUGUGCUUCAUGUCACCAGUCUAACUCAAUUACAAAUUACUUCCAGGUAGCUAGAAAAAGGGAGAGAGAAGAAGAAGAAACAUCUGUACCCAAACUAGCAAAACUGGAGGAAAGGUCAUCGUCUGUUUCCAAGUUCACUGAACCCACAGCUUCAUCAGUGUGGAUCAGUGAAGCAGGGCAGCAUCAAAAGGAAAAAAACAUCCUGGACCCAACCCCAAAUUUUGCAUCAGAAGACACGGGUAUAAAGCUCAUGGGGGCAGGUGGCAAACAAGCAAGUAAUAAAAUGGACCCUAAAAAUACUUGUAGUGACAAGCGUGCACCAAAAAGAAAAGAGUUAAAUGACCUUCCUGAAGAUGGAGAGACACUAGAAGUUGUGUUUGGAAGCAGAGACCUAGACUGGGAAGAUCCGAUGGCAGAUCAUGACCAAGAAACUCAAGGAAAAGCCCCUAAAAAAAGAUGUUUGGAAGCCAAAGGAAGCAGAGUUCAAGAAGCGAAUGUAACGCAGAGAGAGGAGAAUAAAAUGUUGAAAGAAGAGAAACCUGGAUCAGUUCUAACUUCAGAAAUGAAAAGUGAGAUCAAGCUAGAGUCGCCAGUCUUGGUAAGAAACCAGUUAAUUAACCGCAAUGAACUGCAAGAUGACUCCAGGAAUCUUCCUAGCAGACUUCUGUUAACCGAGUUUAGAUCACUGGUUGUCAGCCAUCCAAGACAGAACAGUCAGUUUACUGGGAAUACCAGCUAUGGGGGAAAGAAAAAUUUCAAGACGUUCAAAAAGGUAGCUUAUGCGGGGGCAGGACAACUUCCAUACAUUAUUGGAGGAUCAGAUUUGAUUGCUCACCAUGCUAGAAAGAAUGCAGAUCUAGAAGACUGGUUAAGGCAAGAAAUAGAGGAACAGAACCGACAUGCAAGAGAAGAAUCGCUUGCUGAUGACCUCUUUAGAUAUGAUCCAAAUGUGAAAAGGAGAAGAUAA